CAACCGUUUCCGAGGGCGUCGCCAUAUUGGAAUCCCAGCUUCUCAGACAAGGCUAACCAGAACGCUGUUUACUCGAGUGUGACAUCAUUGCCAGGUCCGUAUUCCGAUUUCCGAGGUCUGACCUUAACAAAAGAGAAAGCAGGUCCAGAGCUAUGCUGCUUGAAGAGGAGUCCUGACAGCAUGACAAUGGUGACGGGGCUCUCUGAUUCAGACUGAAUAUAUAUAUAGAUUUACAGGUAUUACAGACCCAGUGACGCCCAUUCAGUCUCAUUUUCCAGGAAAUAACAGCUGAUCCUCCCACUCCUAUAUAAAACACAGUCCAGUCUUAGGCUCCUCAUCCUGAGUGGAACAAUGGGUCUAUUGACAGCCGCAGCAAUCGCAGCCGGGGCAGGUGGAGCAGUGGUCACUGCUCCUAUUGUCCUGGGGGCUGUAGGUUUCACCUCAGCUGGAAUAGCAGCUGGUUCCUAUGCUGCAAGCAUGAUGUCUGCUGCUGCUGUGGCCAAUGGAGGAGGAGUGGCAGCAGGUAGUGCAGUGGCUGUUUUGCAGUCAGCAGGUAUGGCAGGUCUGUCUGGGGCCGCCACCGCAGCUGUGGGUACUGUUGGAGGAGCUGUUGGAGGAUUGGUGGCUGCUCUCAUCUGAGACCAGAAAAUUAUGAUAAUCAGAAAGAAAAAAUAAUAAAUGAUAUAUUUACUGCUGCCAAUUGGAAACUGUUGCCAAUAUUAUCAGGGCCGUACUUCAGUCAAGCUUGGCUGAAAUCUGAGUGCUGGUAAUGCUGUGGUGUUUUAUGACAAAACACAUGAACACGGUCAAAUUGUGUAACUUUAAAUAAAGCCCUAAUAAAAUAAUGA